GUAUCUCGCACUUACGUCUGUAGAUGUCAUUUGACAACAUCAAAGUUCAGAUCGCACCACUGAUAUCCCGUGUACUUUUCACAUCAUGACGGCUUCACAAGGGUAUAGCAUAAGCAUGGCACUCAAUUUAUAUAACGUCAUCUGCAUGAUUGUACUAAUAACAAUGAACGAGGGCAAGACUCCGACUGAGGACACGGAAAUCACACCAUGUCUAAGACGAAAUUACUACAUUGGAAAUGAAACAGCGCGGAUUAAUGUGCAGGAAGUGACGUCAUCAAAAAGCACGUUCUGUGUCCUGGAAUUGAACUCUGAUCCUGGAACUCACAUUUCCUUGAAUAUUCGUUACGUGUCACGUGAUCACAAGGCCGCAAACUGUUUCCAGAACUAUGUUCAUAUUGGCAACGAUGGCAGAAGAAUCAACGAGGUGUCAAUGACGUCAUACCGGUUUUGUAAUGGCACGUUCAAGGAAGAAAUUGUGUCUCGUCAGAAUUAUCUAUGGGUUGUUUUCAAAAUGUCCUCUCUACCGGAGGACUUCCAUAUUAACGUUUCCUCAAGUGUCAGAGUGACGUGUAACGGCAGUAUGUUCCAGUGUUCUCCCGUGCAGUGUGUCGGCAAGGACACCCUCUGUGACGGCAAGCGUGACUGUGUCAACGCGAGAGACGAGUUUUGCCACAAAUUGCCCCCUCCUGACUCGCCAUGCUUCCAGUGUUCUAAUGGCGUGUGCAUCAGACCACAACUCCCCCGCUACAACCUCGACUACGGCAAGACCCUGUGGUACCUCUGCGACGGCGUCCGGCACUGCCCCGACGGCACCGACGAGAGGAAGGAUAUUUGCUACCGCAUAAGAGGAAGAAAAUUGGGCACCAUAUCAUGUAUACCCAAUGACGUCACAGAUCACCAUAACAACCCCGUGCUGAUGUGGAACAACGUGGUCUGUAAUGGCGAGCGUGACUGCUACUACGGGGAAGACGAAUCCGAGGACCUGUGUCCAACAAGUGUUGACGAUGUCGUUUUCCAAAUCAACCCAGUCGCCGUCGGUUUUGCUUCGGUGUUCCUAGUUGCCGUGGUGGCUGUGGCAGUCGCUAUUAUUAUGUGUGGACGACGGAAAGGAAGACGUAGUAACAUUGUCGUUUCAGAAGGAUGUCCGACGUCGAACACAGAUUUUAGCCAAUCAGAACCCGAGGAGCGGGUCCCGCUCCAAAGUGAUAUCGAGGCUGUAGUGUUUGAUACGGUGGGCUUGCGGCAGACUAUUCUGUGAUUGUAGAGACUCUAUUCAAGUAUGGCCGGCAGUCUACUUACCAUGAAUGUAUAUGUAAUGCAUGGUACCAUACCAUUGGGUGCUAUGGCGUUAUUCUAUGUGGAAAGGUUGAGAAGUCUCAUAGCGACAAUAGUCUUCAAAUACCUGGCCUUCUCAUGGUCCAUGAUAAGCGGAGGAAAUCAUGGGUAACAUCAUGGCAGGGACACCAGAAAUGGCUUCACACAUUGAACCCCUGUGGAGAAUCGAACCCGGGCCUUCGACGUGACCAGCCAACACUGUGACCCAUACGCCUUAUUUUGGUAUGCGUAAGGGAAGUGAGUGAGUGAGUUUGAUUUUACGCCGCAAUAUUCCAGCAAUAUCACGGCGGGGACACCAGACAUGGGCUUUACACAUUGUACCCAUGUCGGGAAUCGAACCCGGGUCUUCGGCGUGACGAGCAAACGCUUUAACCACCCGACUGUCCCGUAAGGGAAGAAAUAUGUAUAUUGUACACAUUAUUGACACCGGGAUAAGCUACAGUUUAAAUUAUUUUACUUGUGUGGACUGACUGAAAAAAACAGAUAUCCCAGACAGCUUUGAACAGUUAUAAUAUGAUGCGUCGGCAUGGUGUGGCAAGAAGCCCAGACGUGAUGCAGGACUUGGGCGUUUAUCUUGUUAAAGAAUAAAAGACUAUGACGAA